UCUCUCCAGUAACAGCUCUGCACUCUGGGGAGCGGAUCAUAAUGCGAGUGGCUCGACGCUGACCCCCAGAAUGUCUGCCCUCAGUUGUGCGCUUCUGACACUGUCCAUUCUGACUCUGGCGCAGGCGGCCUGUACGUGUAAAGGAAAAUCAAGUUGUUCCUGUGAUGGAGUGAAAGGCACCAAGGGCGAAAGGGGUUUACCUGGUAUACAGGGCCAACCUGGAGUUCCAGGGUAUCCUGGUCCUGAGGGUCCACAUGGCCCAAAAGGCUCCAAGGGAGACCUUGGAUUUCCUGGACUCCCAGGAAUAAAAGGUUCAAGGGGACUUCCUGGUUUACCAGGUUUCCAGGGAAUUCCCGGCCUGCCAGGUUUUCAUGGAAAGGAUGGUCCAAAGGGUGUUAAAGGUAUACCAGGAUGCGAUGGCCCAAAGGGUGAACCUGGUCUUCCAGGAACUCAUGGCCCAAGUGGACCAAGUGGACUUCCAGGACUCCCAGGGGCUCCAGGACCAAAGGGUGAACCGGCCCGAAAGACAGACUCACAUCCAGGAGAGAAAGGGCAACGUGGACUGCCGGGCCGUCCAGGAAACCCAGGUAAUCCCGGAAGACCCGGAUGGCCAGGACCGAUUGGACCUCCCGGUCCCCGGGGUCUGACAGGACCACCAGGCCAGCCUGGUCCAAAGGGCAACAUGGGAUUGUUCUUCUUGGGAUCCAAAGGGGAGAAGGGUGUGAAAGGUCUUCCUGGUCCUAUUAUUUGGCAAGAAGUUGCUCCAAACAUCACUGAGGAAGGACAGAAGGGCAGCCCAGGACCCCCUGGAGAGAGGGGGUUCCCUGGCCCCCCAGGUUUACCUGGUGCCAUCGUAUCGGGAUGGAAGGGUGAUAAAGGAGAUCUAGGAGACCCAGGAAUUCUGGGAAGGCCAGGUAACAAUGGAGCAACUGGACUGCCAGGUUUGCAGGGAAUGAAAGGAGAGCCAGGUUUCAGCGGGUUUCCAGGGAGACCUGGAAGGCCUGGACAGAAAGGAAAAAUUGGUCACACAGGGCCCCCUGGUCCAGAUCAAGAAGCAGAAAAGCUGCCCUGUGUAAACGGUGAACCAGGGAAACCAGGACGAAAAGGACAGCCAGGAUUGCCCGGUGAAGCAGGUCGGCAAGGCCCUCCAGGCAAACCAGGAAUUUCCAGAAAUGGGUCUCCAGGUCAAACUGGAUAUCCUGGAGCUAAGGGUCAGAAAGGGGACAAAGGAAGCCCUGGGGAGAUUAUAUUUGGCUUUCAGGGUCCUCCAGGUUUUCCAGGACCCGAAGGUCCUCCUGGUCCACGGGGCCAACCAGGUGAAGUUAUCCCCUUAAAAGGGGAAUCAGGAAGACCAGGUCCCCCUGGAGCAAAGGGCAUUGAUGGUUUACAGGGUGCAAGAGGAUACAAAGGUGAUAAAGGUGAACCCUGUGAUCUAUGCGAUGAUGUUCCAAUUCCUGGCCCUCCCGGGCCCCCUGGCCCUCCUGGAGAACCUGGUCAGAACGCCUUUCCGGGCCCGAAGGGAAAUCCUGGCUUUCCGGGUGUAAGUGGAAGGACUGGUUUCCCGGGUCCUCCAGGGUUUCCUGGUUUUGAAGGAACAUCGGGUCCGAAGGGUGAUGCGGGGCCUAUCGGUGAAGAAGGUGAAAAAGGAAACCCAGGUUAUCUGGGCUUCCCUGGAACUGCAGGAAAACCUGGAGUAGAUGGAACACCUGGUCAAGCAGGUUGUCAAGGGCCCAUUGGAAUUAAGGGUGACACCAUGCAAUUUCCUCCACGAGGUGAUGUAGGUCCUCCUGGAGUCCCUGGUGGCCCAGGUAUCCCAGGACCCAAGGGAUUCUCAGGACCCCCUGGGUUUGGACCUAAAGGGGAUCAAGGUCCCAAAGGAGACCGUGGAGAACCUGGCAUGCGGGGAUCUUGUGGACCUCCAGGGGACAAAGGAGAGAAGGGGAAAUGCAUGGUAGUCCCAGGACUCCCAGGGCCUAGAGGCGAAAGAGGAAGAGUUGGGCAGCCAGGUGUUCCAGGUAAUCCUGGACUUCAAGGCCAAGCCGGUCCACCAGGUUGUCCGGGAGACAAAGGAGCGAGAGGUCCUUCAGAGAAUGGCCCACAGGGCCCUCCUGGUUAUAAAGGUGACCCAGGACUUCCAGGAACAGUAGGUCCUCCAGGAAUUGCAGGAAAAUCGGGAGCACCUGGAAAGCCAGGGGUAUCAGGAGCAACAGGUCCUAAGGGUGACAAUGCUUGUGGGCCUCCAGGCAACACUGGCCCACCAGGUCCUCCAGGAAACACGGGACUGCCAGGGGAGAAGGGUGAUUCUGGUCCCUGUGGACCCCCUGGAGAUAAUGGGGAUGCUGGUCGUAGAGGGUGUCAGGGUCCUAAAGGUGAUCUAGGAAACCCAGGAUGCCAGGGGCCAAAAGGUUCAAGUGGACCGCCAGGACAAAGGAUACCUGGACCUGCAGGUGCUGAGGGCCCACCUGGGCCAACUGGUUCUCCAGGAUCGCCAAGCAGAGGACCGAUGGGUGAUCCAGGUAUACCAGGAAAGGGCAUUGCAGGAGCUCCUGGAAGUUGUGGGCCCAAUGGAAUUCAAGGCUCUGCGGGCUGCCCUGGACCAAGAGGCCCACCUGGACGACCAGGAAGGCCAGGAGCACCAGGAAUAUCAGGACCCAAGGGUGAUUCGGGUAUUAUGGGAGAGCCGGGAACCGCAGGGUUAACUGGUCCUCGAGGACCUCAGGGCCCAAGUGGAGACAAAGGUAACAAAGGUCGGACUGGACCAAAGGGUAAAAAAGGUGUGGUUGGAAUAUGUGGUCAAAAAGGUGAAAAGGGAAUGAAAGGCUGUUCAGAUGAAAUAACAAUAAAAGGUGGAAAAGGGGACCCUGGACCUCCAGGACUGGAUCAAGGACCGGGAGCAAAGGGUGAUACAGGUUGCAAUGGCAAUCCGGGCCUGGAAGGUAAAGAGGGAAUGCCCGGACCUCCAGGUCCUGAAGGUCCACCAGGUGAUCCAGGUCCAAUGGGAAAUAUGGGAUGUCCGGGACCUCUGGGACCCAGUGGGGCUUUGGGCACAAUGGGUCUCCCAGGCACGGAAGGACAGAAAGGAUCUUUGGGCGAAUCAGGCACUGUGGGUGCUCCCGGCUCGGGUGGCCCAUCUGGUCUGAAGGGUGAGAAAGGGGAACCAACGUUUACCCACGGUCCUCCAGGCUGCCCCGGACUAAAGGGUGAUAAAGGCACUUCAUUCAGCAAAGGGGUAAAAGGAUCUCCCGGACCUCCCGGUAACCCAGGUUCUGACGGGUCUUGUGGGCCUCCCGGUGAGAAAGGUGACCCGGGCAAAGUAGGUACUCCAGGUCCUGUGGGUUGUAAAGGCAGUAAAGGACUGGAUGGGAGGCCUGGUUUACCAGGAGGUCCAGGUGCCCCAGGUCCUUCAGGGCCACAAGAAAGCGCUGGACCUCCAGGAGCAACAGGCCAAAAAGGCAGCCAAGGUUUUGAUGGUAUUCCUGGUCCUCAUGGGCCUAAAGGAGAUAUGGGACUUCCUGGGAGAGGAUGUAAAGGUGUAGAUGGUCCUCCAGGCCCAAAAGGUGUCAAAGGAGAUAUGGGUCCCCCUGGUGAUGAUAAUGAACUGGGCCCUCCUGGUCCAAGGGGUGACCCCGGUCCUCCAGGACCACCUGGACUGCCUGGUGAAGCUGGGUCACCUGGUCCUGCCGGAGUGUGUAUUCAAGGUCCCAAAGGAAACAGAGGUCCUCAAGGCACCACUGGGAAAGCUGGUAUUCAUGGGCCAAAAGGUCCACCUGGAGAUAUAGGAGGGGAUGGUAUAAAAGGAGACAAGGGCUCACCAGGUAUACCAGGAAUCCCAGGCAAUCCUGGUGACAGAGGCAAUAAGGGUGAACAAGGAAGACUGGGAAUCCCUGGUUCUUCAUUCCCAGGUCCAAAAGGCGACCAGGGUUUAACUGGUCCUUCAGGGUCUCCAGGUUUACGAGGUUGCAGAGGAACUUGGGGACCAGUGGGAGAUGCUGGUCCACCAGGACAAGUUGGACAACGAGGCCUGAAAGGAUUUCCUACCGUCUCCGAUAGAACAGUUGUUAAGGGUGUCCCAGGACCACCAGGUGAACCAGGGUCCAAUGGGGAAUGUGGGAGUCCUGGAGAUCCUGGUCUGCCUGGAUACAUUGGAAAGGAGGGUCCACCUGGUCCAUGUGGUCCAAAUGGUCCUCCUGGAGAUAUAGGACUUCCAGGACCAAAAGGCUCCCCAGGUUAUGAUGGACAACCAGGACAGAAGGGGCUUCCAGGUCCAAAAGGAAAGCAAGGAGCUAAGGGACAACCCGGCCAGUGGAAACCAGUUAUCCACAGGUUCAUUUUUACAAGACACAGUCAAUCCAUAGUGAUACCACUGUGUCCAAAUGGCACAAAUGAGCUAGGUAUUGGCUACUCUCUCCUCUUUGUACAGGGCAAUAGACGUGCAUACGGACAAGAUUUAGGAACAGCUGGUAGCUGCUUGCCAAAGUUUAGUGUGAUGCCAUUUUUGUUCUGUAGUAUAAAUGACAUCUGUAACUAUGCAUCAAGAAAUGACUACUCCUAUUGGCUGUCAACUUCAGCACAAGUGCAUGUGGAUAAAGCUCCAAUCAAAGGGCAAGAGCUAGAGCAGUAUAUAAGCAGGUGUGUUGUUUGUGAAAGUCUGGCAAUGGUCAUAGCUGUGCACAGUCAAACAAUUGAGAUCCCACCCUGCCCAACUGGCUGGAAAUCCUUGUGGAUUGGCUACUCGUUUGUAAUGCACAGGGGCUCGGGUGCCCAGGGAUCAGGUCAAGCUUUGGCUUCACCGGGAUCAUGUUUGGAAGAAUUUCGCGUUGUGCCAUUCAUUGAAUGCCACGGGAGGGGGACGUGCAACUACUAUGUAAAUGCCUACAGCUUUUGGCUAGCAACGCUGGACCACUCACAGAUGUUCAGGAAACCAACGCCGCAAACACUAAAAACAGGAGAUUUGCGAUCAAUAAUAAGUCGGUGUCAAGUCUGUACAAAGUAAAGGUCGACACAAAAGGAACAAUGGUGCUCUUCCUCAUAAGUUUUCAAUUGUGUUAAAACAACAAUGAAGAUAACUUAAACAGAUUACUCCAUGGUGCUGACUGAACUAUAACAAAUAUACCCAAUAGCCUGCCACAUUGGUAAUUUUGCUAAUAUUUACAAAAACAUUCACAACAGCAAAGUAAUUAGUAACCAUUGAACUUAAUGAAGCUGUUACUAAACUCUGCCAAACUUCUGCCAAUUUUAUAUUGUAUUAGUAAAUAUUUUAGCCUUAUCAUGGUGCUGAUGCAGACACCAUAGAUCACUAUGUCAUAAGAAAACUCUGGUAUAGUACUUACGUUAAGAGUUUCACGUGCUAGUCUUUUUUGGUGAGAUGGUGAAUACAACAAGCCUUUGAUUUUGUAAGCAUAUAUUUCAAACUGUGUACCUAACAUAGACAUCAGACUCAAACUUUACAGAACCGAAUAAGACUGUUGAAUUUAUGGAAGAGAUGUAACUGUUGUAUGGACAUUUUGCCAAAGCAUCGUCAAGGAUCUUUUAUGCACGGUGAUUUCAUAUUGACAAUACAUGCAGAAAAACGGUAUGUUGCCUAAGAAACUGAUGAUUUUAGGGGUAGUUUUAGCCUUAGGUGGUGAAUUGGCUGAAAUGUUUCCAUUGACUUAUAUUGAAUGGGUUACAACCAUGCUCUUACAUGGCAAAAGAAUGAUUGAUGACAUGCCUGUAAUGCUUAUGUCAUAAUUGAUGAAACAAGUUGAUUUUAAAAUGUAAAGCUGUUCUUCAUCAUACUGCUAGUCAUCUAAUUUUAGAUGAUUGAAGGACACAGAAUCACUAAACAGAGGUCAUUCAACCCAUCCAGUCCUUGCUAACUUAACGCACUUCAAGUUUGAUGAAGAAGUUUUCCCUAAUGCGAGAAAUAUUGGAUGAUAUAGAAAUAUUUGCACUAACAUUUUCCCAUCUUAAUCAGUUUCAGAUGGGCUUCCAUAAGUUUUAUGAUCAGAAAACCAUGGUUUCCAAGCACUUUUUGUUGAAUUGUAAAGUUUAUAUUUAAAAGAUAUUAAAUACAAAAGCACAUAUGGAAAAUAAUUAUAAUAAAAACCAAUCUGCAGUUUUUGUACACUAUAUUGCAUUCACAGUUCAGUCUUCUGAAGAGCGAACUUAAAACACACCAGCUGGUAAAAUGCACAUGUCAUCUUGGGUCUGGAUGGUAGUGAAUGAUUUCUACUGUCAGCCUGUAUUUAAAACUUGAAUUAUUAUAUUGUAAAAUGUAUAGGUUUUCAUGUCACAUGGACAUUUAUAAGUGUACAAACAUGUGAGCAUAUAUCUGGCUUUGUAGUAACUUUUAUGCUUAAAAUAUGUUAAUAACAUUAGUAUGGCAUUAGUGCAGUGACAUGGGAUCCAAUGCACCUUAUUAGCAGUACAAUUUGCGAUUAUCCUUGUUUUCGAUCUGGUAACAUUCUGGUGAAUCUGUUUUAAAUGCAAGUGGUUCUAAAAUCAUUUUACUCUAUUUGUCUUCAGAGACAUGGAUAUUUGUCUUCACCCUCCUUUUCCACCUUACUUAUAAGCACUACAUUAAAAUUAUUGUUUUUAUAAUUUCACCCUCUCCUAACUUUAACAUGAUCACUCCCCAGUUUGAAGUCGUACAUUGUACACUAGUAAGCUACCUAAUAUUCUCCAGUCUAAUUCAGCACAAUUUACUCUAUAUUUUUGGAUUCAGCAUGGAUAAUAGCCAAAAAAAAAAACACUAAGAGAAAAGGGAUUUAGAAUACAUUUUUGACUGAAGAGAUGGCUUUUUGUUUCUGCAUAUCUUUUGGGUAUGCCUUUCAGUUGUUCACUCUGCAAAUGUGGUGUUCCCUUGUUGGUGUCCUUGCUCCUAGACUGACCCCAUUUUUUCAUAGCUUUAAUGUUCCCUUGGUCAUAUUCUCUCUCUAUCUAAAUGACCCCAUGAACCUAUUCUCCAAGUGACCUAGUUUGCACGUGAGGCAACCCCGGCCUCACUUUAUCAGAAAUAUUCCCUUUAUCCUAUCCAUGCUGCUCCCACACUCUCUGCAACUUAAAAUUACUUCUCACCUUCACAAUUCUGACAAAGGAUGUUUUACCUGAAAAGUUAACACAGAUUUUACCUGGCCUACUGAGUUAGUCAUAGAGCCCUCUGAGGCCACCGUUGGUCAGGAUCGGCCAUGAAUAUUGCAUUCUAGCUAUCAGGGUAUGCAAACCACAGCAGUACAACAUGGAGAGCAAGCACCCCCCUCUGUGAGUCUGAUGAACUCAAAGGAACGGCAGAAAUCAAUACAGUUUAACACCAGCAGCGUCGCAGGAAUUGCCAUUCAACAUUGAACUCAACGUAGGACUGCCUUAGGGACUCCAGCUCUGGAUCUUUCCCUCAGAGAAUACUCCCGAGGCUUCCCCCAUGAGUAGGUGUAGCUGCAAGGCAGCAGAGGUUUGAGAUCAGCGUUUUCCUUCUCCUAGAUGAGCUGCCAACCACAGCCGACAAGCCCCAUCUGCCUGAAGUGAGUGGUUUUAAGGCACCAGUAACCUGUCUUUGCCCUUUCUCCUGCCAGUAGAAAUGGUUCCGCCAGGCUUAGUAGCUACGCCACACGUGAAGGCCUGGAACUGGACUUGUUUGUCAGAGGAUAUUUGAGGCACAUGCCACUGGGAGCAUUUAAUAGGUAGUGGGGACUUAUCCACAUUACCACCCCAUAGAAUCUCAUAGAACACUACUGUACAGAACACUAUUGUAAGAAAAUUAUCAGUCAACAAUUAAAAAGACGUACAUUAUUUGGCCACUUUACCUCCCAUACCAAAUGAAGUGGCCACUGACAGUAUGUUCACUAUCUUCUGCUGCUGCAGUCCAUCCACUUCAAGGUUCAAUGUGCUGUGUAUUCAGUGAUGCUCUUCUGCAUACCACUGUUGUAACACAUAGUUAUUUGAACCAGACCAGCCAUUCUACCGACUUCUCUCAUGAGCAAGCAGUUUCUGCCACAGAACUGCCUCUCACUAGCUGUCACUUGUUUUUUUUUCACACUAUCCUCUGUAAACUCUGGAAACUGUUGUGUGUGAAAAUCCCAGCUGAUCAGCAAUUUCUGAUAUACUUAAACCACCGUCUGGCACCAACAAUCAUUCCAUGGUCAAAGUCACUUAGAUCACAUCUCUUCCCCAUUCUUAUGUUUGGCCCGAGCGACAACUGAAGCUCUUGACUGUGUCUGUAUGUUUUUAUGCAUUGAGUUGCACCACAUGAUUGACAGAUUAGAUAUUUGCAUUAACGAGCAGGUGAACAGGUGUACCUAAUAAAUUGGCCACUGAGUGUAUACCAGUGGCAUGAUACAACAAACAGCAGUUUUCAUGGUGAAUUUGACUGUAUAGCAGAUAGACUAUACUUGCUCCAAAUAUGGGAGCUUUAAUCUAAAUGUUUCAAAGUGCUGAUUAUUUUAUGAUUAUUCUCCAUAUUAGAUUUUUGUCUGCUUUUUGUGCAAUAAAUGUGUGCAUAUGUGUGUUUAUGCUAAUUGCAGCAACACUGUGAUAUUUUGCUCAUGUUAGUCCAAAAACCUUGUGCUGUAAGUGCAACUUUAUUAUAAUUAAACAAAGCCAACGUUCAUCUGGUAACUGCUAGUAA